GGGCGUCACGUGAUCGCGGCGUCCGGAAGCUCCCCUUAGCGGGGCCGCCUCGCUCUGGAGCGGUUUCUAUGGCGACGGGCGGGCGGGAGACGUCAAAGCAGGGAUGGAGCGAGCGCGCCAGCGACGCGCGUCUCCGGGCGGCGGGAGCGGCGCGGGCGGUGCUGAAGGAAUGAAGCUGCGAUCGAAGCGGGCCCUUGCGCAGCGCUGCCGUUCCGCCGGGCGGGCCCCGGGAGGCGCUGGUGCUGCAGCCCCGGCUGGGAGCCGCGCGCGGGACGGCGAAGGGGACGGAACGCGGAGCGACCAGCGCGGCCGUGCGCGGGGAAAAGGCGCCGGGUCCGCUCUGCGCUGCGGGGAUCCGAUCCUGAAGGGCGUGGAAGCGGAGGAGUGCCCGAACGGCGCCGAACCAGAGGCAGAUGGAAGAGGCGUUCGGAACGGCAGAGUCAGAAGGAGCUCCGCGAAAAGUAACGGAGGGAGCACCCAAAGCAAGAGGCGGAGAAAAGCGUGUAGCAAACAGGAAACGGAACGCGUUCAAAACAAGACGUCCUGUAAAGAGACAGACGCGUGUGUCCCGGAGGGCCGGGGUGCGGGCGGUCUGUGCGCAGCCCCGGGGCGUGCGGGGACGCGGCAGCAUCGCGUCGUUCCCGGGCCGGGCGCGCAGCUGGGAGCGGGCUCAGCUCCCCGGCAGGAGCGGCUGCAGAGCGCGGCGGGUGCGUGCGAGGGAAUGGGCUCUGGUGCAGCACCUGCUGUGCGAGCCGAGGAGGAAACCGGCGGAUGGAAAACAGGGGAAGAGAGAGGCCCGGGGGAUCCGGGGACCCGGGAUUCUAAAUCUGACACCGAAGCAAAUGCUGAUGCCUUGCAGCCUUGUGACAAGAAAAGCUUCACAGCAGUUAAAGUACCACAAGAAGAAUCUGUCCCACGGACACAAGUGGAUAGGAGGAAAACGAGUCCAUAUUUUUCAAGUAAAUACAGUAAAGAAGCUCCCAGCCCACCUAGGAGGAAGGCCUUCAGAAAAUGGACUCCUCCACGCUCCCCUUUUAAUUUGGUCCAAGAAACACUUUUCCAUGAUCCAUGGAAACUUCUCAUUGCGACCAUAUUUCUCAAUAAGACUUCAGGUAAAAUGGCAAUUCCUGUGCUCUGGGAGUUCCUCAGGAAAUACCCUUCUCCCGAAGUAGCCAGAACUGCAGACUGGAAAGAAAUGUCGGAGCUGCUCAGACCUCUUGGCCUCUAUGCACUCAGAGCAAAAACUAUCAUCAAGUUUUCAGACGAGUACCUGAGCAAGCAGUGGAAGUACCCCAUCGAGCUGCACGGAAUCGGGAAGUAUGGGAAUGACUCCUACAGAAUCUUCUGCAUCAACGAAUGGAAAGAGGUGCAGCCGCAGGACCACAAGCUGAACAUCUACCACACGUGGCUCUGGGAAAACCAUGAGAAGCUGAGCGUGGACUGAGCGCAGCCGUGGGCUGUGUCAGCGGGGGCUGUGCAGCCUCAGCGCUGUGCUGCCCAUCAAGUUCUUGGUUUAUAUGUUGGUGUGAGACAUCAAACUCAGGUAAUCACUGUAAUAAAAUGUUCAAAUGCUUUAAAGGUUUUUAAUAAACGUGUCUUAACUUUC